AUGCAGAGUGACGACGAGCUUACGAAUGGGAUUUCCCAGGAUGAGGAGGAGUCGAAGGAAACAAUGAAGAGUAGUCAAAAGGCUGAUAGGAAGAAGAAGAAGUUGAAAGAGAAAUUGCUUAAGGAAGCUUCUAAAGCUGACAAUAGAGGGGUUUGCUACUUGAGUCGUAUCCCACCACACAUGGAUCACGUUAGACUUCGCCAGAUUCUCUCUCAAUUUGGAGAACUUGGAAGGAUUUAUCUUGCACCUGAAGGUCCUGAAGCACAAGUGCACCGUAAGCGUGCUGGUGGAUUUCGUGGGCAAAUGUUUUCUGAAGGGUGGGUGGAGUUUGCUAAGAAAAGUGUAGCUAAACGGGUUGCAGAUAUGCUGAAUGGAGAACAAAUUGGGGGGAAAAAGAAGUCAUCAAUAUACUAUGAUAUUUGGAACGUCAAAUACUUGACCAAAUUUAAAUGGGAUGAUCGUACUGAAGAAAUUGCAUACAAAAGUGCUAUACGGGAACAGAAACUAAACAUGGUUCUUUCUGCUGCAAAGAGAGAGAAGAACUUUUAUCUAUCUAAAAUAGAGAAGUCGCGUGCCAUGACUGAGAUAGAUAGAUAGAUGCACGAAUGGAAAAGGUGCUCACUCUUUCGAAAGCGCUGUUUUAAAUUGAGAAAUACUCUUUCUUAUAUGUUAGUUGCCUGGUUGUCUGAAAAUUUAUUAGCUUGUGAUCUCUUAAUAUUUGCUAUCAAAACUUCUAGAAUUGACUUAUAGCCUUAUAGGCCUUCUCGUUAGGAGGAAUUCGAUUGUUUGUUCCUCUCUCUGUAAAUCUCACUACUCUAACUUGAUAUUUAGUUUGUAAUGUUUCUGUUUUUUUGCGGUGGGCAGAAACGAAAGAUUCGGGUAGCAAUGCUGAAGCAGCACCAAUCUUUCCACAGAGGGUGGAUUCGCCAGUUCAGACAGAAGAAUUCAAUUAAAAAUGAGACAUCUCAGAGCAAGCCUGGGCUCUCCACGGAUGUCCUAGCAUCGGUGUUCGGCGGUUCUUAAAGAUUAAGAGG